GCUGGUCAUCUGAACACACUGUUUCUACCAUACUCCCUUGAAUCCCUACCUACCAGUAUAUCAGAUCCAGCCAAGUAGAGGCUGCCGUGACUAAGAGUAAAUGGUAUUUCCUCAAUGUAUCCUCCAAAACAUCCGAGUUCCCUGACUGCGUUUCCUGAAGAAAGAUAAAAAUCUGCUGUGCUUCUCUUACAAAAUAAAAUUAAAACAUUGCUUUUCUUUUUCACACUGUCAGGUAUUCCUCUAACAUUCAAAGACACAACCGACAAAGGCUUUGUGGACCCAUACUCCACAAAUACAACUAACACGAAUAACUAAGACUUUAACUUGUACCGGACUAAACCCGGUUAUAAAGGAACACGUGGCUUAUAACCAGUAAAGCAUACAGGCAACAAGGUAGCAAAAGUAACUCUAAUUAGGGAGAGCUGGAUGAUAUCCAAAGGAAAACGGACUCUGACCCGCUACUAGGAAUGUGCUGUGACGGUGUAUUUCUUAUUCAGGCCACAAGAUGGCGGUGCAACACUCGAGUCGGUAAACAUCCCGCAUCCGCUCGAACGACGAAGAAGAAGCACGCGGUUCAUGUAAACUUCCGGGUUAAUGAGUGUUUUUGUUUUCCGGGGCUGAGAGGGUAAGAUGGAUUAUUUUAAACAGACUUUGAAGACGGACUGUGAGGAUUUACUCGCGCGUUUUCAGGCCACGGCGUCUGUGCGGUUCGAGGAGUUUUCAGCCAUCUGGAGAGAGAUGAAGUUCUCCAGUAUAUUUUAUGGCAUCUUGGAGCCCAGUGAGAAGAAGGUCUUCACACGCUUGGUUCUGUCUGCAGCGUCUCAGUACCUGCUCCCUCCGUAUUCCUUCCAGAUCCGUGUAGGAGGUCUUUACCUGCUCUACAGCCUCUACACCUCUCAGUUCAACGUUCCUAAAGAGCGGAUCCGCAUCGCUCUGAAGGACUGGGACGAGCUGAUCCGUUUCCAGCAGGACGCGGUGAACGCGCAGCACUAUGACGUGGUGUACAUUCUCAAGAAACUGCUGUCUGAACAAGCCGUCUGCUUCACCGCCAUGCCGGACACGCUGUCCUUUCAGGUGAAGAAGAAGAGGGUGGACAGGAGGCAGCAGCUGUGCGAGUCGUUUGUGGACCGGCCGACCCGACCUCAGGAGCUCAUCGGCACCGACCUGCUCGAGGAGCUGGCCAACGUCCACGAGCACUACGAAGGGCUGAAGAAGGCCAUCCUACCACGGCCGCCCCAGUCCAAUCUGAGUCUCGUCAAACCCAACCUGGUGCCCAAACUGCGCAGCGCCGUCCUCACGUUCUGCAGCUGGCAGCAGAACCAGGCCGAGUUUGGCAGUCCGAGUGACGGAGACGCAGGAGAAGGAACGUCAAGUCAGGCUCAUGAUGAGAGUUCUCGCAGAGCUCAGCUCCUGGCCUCCAUCAAAUCCAGGUCUUACGCGCAGGCUGUGGAGGCUUCGAGAUCUCGGCGUCACAGACAAAUCGAGUUGACCUCGGCGGCCCAGGACUCCGAAUCCACGCGGCAAAUCCCCAGGUUCAGGAAACCCCCGUCUCUUAAAAUGCGCACGAGCUCGCGCUUCACGGCCGAAGGAAGCGAGAACGGGGGGCUGCAGCGCACAACCCGGUUAUGGCGCCUCACCGCGGUGGAGGGUGAAAAGACUGAAGAAAAAAAGAAGAGAAGAUUCAUCUGGAAAGAGCGCAUGCGUAGUGAACACUAAACAACAAAGCCUGAUUGGACCGGCUCAUGGACCAUGUCUGAUUUUACUGGUUUAUAAUGGGUCGUGUCUGAUUGGACAGGUUUAUAAUGGGUCGUGUCUGAUUUUACAGGUUUAUAAUGGGUCAUGUCUGAUUGGACAGGUUUAUAAUGGGUCGUGUCUGAUUGGUCAUGUCUGAUUGGACAGGUUUAUAAUGGGUCGUGUCUGAUUUUACAGGUUUAUAAUGGGUCAUGUCUGAUUGGACGAGCGUGUGACGGGUCAUGUCUGAUUGGAGAGGCUUUUGAUGAGCCACACAUGAUUGGACUUGUGAUGGGCCUUGUCAACUUUGACAAGUUUAUGACUGAUUGUACCAGACUGGACAGAAUUUUGUCUGAUUCCUGUCAUAUCUGUCAAAUAUCUGACUUCAUGAGCCGAUCACGGUUUGUAUUUUAUUUUUAUUUAUUUUAUUUUUUUUACCGGUUGGGCAUUUUAAUAGACGAGACAUGAUUGGACCGACUUGUGACCGGUAAUAUCUAAUUCGUAACACGCUGUGUUUGAUUGGAUAGGCAUCUGAUUGGACAGGCUUAUAACAGGUCAAGUUUGUUUGGAUGGGAUUGUGACAGGUCCUGUCUAAUUCGAAUGCGCUUGUGACAAGCCUUGUCUGAUUGGACCGGCUUGUAACUGAUUGUGUCUGAUUGGACUGGCUUCUAACAGGUCAGAUCUGAUUGUAACAGCUUGUACCUGUUUGUGUCUGAUUGGACUGGCUUCUAACAGGUCAGAUCUCAUUGUAACAGCUUGUACCUGUUUGUGUCUGAUUGGACUGGCUUCUAACAGGUCAGAUCUGAUUGUAAAAGCUUGUGACAAAUCAUGUCCGAAUGGACCGGCUUGUAACAGGUCAAGUUUGAUAGAAUGGGUUUGUAAAAGGGCGUGUCUGAUUGUAACAGCUGAAAUAUGAUUGGACCGGCUUGUAGCUGGUCGUGUCUGAUUGGACAAAACCAGUGACACAUCACUAUGGAUGAAUAUUUCUAGAAAUAUCAAACGAGAUACUUCACACAAAAAGACAGACUUUUAUUUCAAGUGUAUUUUUUUUUUUACCCCAUAAUCUUUGAAUUGUUUUAUCAUUUUAAUACCAUGUAUACACGGAGACUAGUGACUGAUGUUUAAAAGAUGUAUAAGUUAAUGAUGUAUAGGUUUUUCUACACACGAUAUGGUGAAAAUACUUCUGUAAAAAGUCA